CGCCCUUUAUGUUUGUCCUAUUUAAAAGGACGAAGAUCUCCGUCACAACGGUCAGAGCUCCGGUCCAAUACCCCCCCCCUCUUCCUCCCCCAUUGUUUUCUUCCUCAUCCACUCUAUGCUGUAUACACCUUCCUUUCUACCAAUGGAAGCUUUCAACUUGCUUAAGUUCUGGCGCGGUAGUGGCCAUUACCACAACGCCGGUGCCGAUGUAGUAUCCGACGACACCGACAAUUCAACCAAAUACACCGACGACGGGAACAAUCCGGCCUCCGAAUCGGACGACGACGAGUCCGACAACGAGUCCUUCUUCGACCUGGUGUGGGACGGAGCUGAUUACCUCUGCAGGGAGGAGAAGGGGAAGUCUCAGGCCGUGAAAGCGACGAGUAAAGGCGAGACAGGCUUCGAUUUCCCGGCGUCGCCGAGAGAUGUGUUCCCGAAGCGGAAUUCCUCUCCGGUUGGUUCGAAUGUGAAGGCGGUUCCGUCCCCGAUUUCGCGGCUGAGAUCCGCCCCCAAAUUUCGCGUGUUCUUCCUAGGGUUUAAGAAGACGAAAUCGGAAAGUGACGUUUCAUCCCCUCGGAGUGAGCAGAGCAAGCGGUUCUCCGUGAGCUGCAGAGUCGCUGAUUCCGGAAGCGUCGUCUCCUCGCCGCCUUGCAGAGAGAGCAGCCUGAGAAGAAGGCUGGAGAUGGAGAAAUCGGGCGAUCUAUCUGUUGAUGAACCGGCGAAACGGUUCGCGAGAAAUGCGGAACGGAAAUACUCGUAUCUGAAACUGAUCAAGCCUCUGUACGGCAAAUCCUCCAAGCACAGUGAAACGAGCAAUCUCAUCCCCGAUAAGAUCUCGGCCCCGCCCGCGCUGUCUCCGGCGAGGGAGGCCACGGCAUCCGCGAGACGGCUAUCGGGGAGCAGGCCGGCCGGGUUCACUGCAGUGCGGAGACACCUGGUGAAGAGUCGAUCGGCGGCGGAGGCGCCGGCGCCGGCGAGGAGACGAGACGAUUCAUUGCUGGAGCAGAAUAACGGAAUCCAAAGCGCAAUUCUUCAUUGCAAGGCAUCGUAUAACUCCAUUACCACAGGAAACGGCGGUUCAAUAUUCUCACGAUCCGCAACUGAAUGCCGUCGCCAGAAAUCAACUGAUUUGCAGAGACGCAGCAUUUGAUCGAUAAUCUCUUGCAAUUAGGGUCGAUUUGUUGUUAAUUAGUUACUGUAUUAAGGAGAGUACGUAAUUAAUCAAUUUUUUAUUCAAAAAAAAGGAGAAAUGAAUUUGGGUUUGAAGUUUGAAUGGCAGGGGAAAUAGACUCUGCCCGUCCAAUAGGGGUUUGCAGGAGUAGUAGUGAGGGGUCACCUCUGGGCUCUGUAAAUUAAUUAAAGCUGCGUUGAUGACGUAUGUGUAGAGACGAAAAUUCAGAGAAAUGAAAUGAUUGAACAAUG